AUGGCGAAGCUUCGCGGCUUUAUGAUCUUUCUUUUGAUAUCAACCAUCGUCGACGCAGAUCUCGCCACGUUCUGUCACUCUGCCGUCGAGCCAUCGUUGACCUCAUUCUCGGACGACGGAUACUGGCAGACUCUGGCAACAACUCGAGCUCCCCAGGAGCCUGAGAGCGCUCCGGCCGGGAAAAUCCUGCUAGAAGAGCAGGCCAGCCAGAAGCAGGAUGAUAUAGCCCUUCACCAGAUGUGGGCGAGACAGAACCUCACACCACCCGUUGAAGCGACAAUUCAAGUCACCACCGUCACUGUUGUCCGAACGGUGACUGUCGAGCUUGCUAGCCGAACCGAAGUGAUCUGGGCGCCUCUUCAGCAGACCUUGACUUUCAUCAAUCCCACCCUAGUCUUCGAGACGAAUAUCGUUACCGCGUCGCAACCUCGAAAUAUUGCAGUGAGAGACGCGGCAGACGCCAUCGCAUCGGAUCAAACGGCGAUUUCCGAAAUAUCCUCGACCGACACGCACUACCUUGAAGGUGCUGGCUUCUCAUCGCACCCGGCUCCUGUUCGGAGGCAGACACCAGCUUCAAUCAAUAGGGUUUCCGUAGUCACCAUCGAGAUCACGACCACAAUAGUGGCGAGCGGCACCAUCGUCCGCACUGUCACCAUCUUCGAACCUAUAUUCGUUUCUGUGACGAAGACGCCUACUCUCACGUCGACGAUCUUUACAACCACGACCCUUCCCAUUAAGGAUGGAGGUUCCAACUCACCUGCGAUCGCACCAUCUCCACCGGCUAGCCACAAGGUCAUUUCCAGCGAUGGCGCUCAGCAGACUCCAUCGUUUGUAGGCCUCAAAUCUUCUUCUGUCACGGCAACGACGCCAAAAGCCCUUGAACCCACAGAGCUUUCGGUCGUCUCCAACACCAUAGGCGCACCCGAGAGCAGUCGCAUCCGCUCAGAAUCCGAUAAUCCUCGCAGUACCUUUACAUCAUCCUCAGUACUUCCAAGUCCAUCGCCUGUGACCAAUGACGGUAACUCAGCAAGGGUUGGGCCCGCAGCGAGCAGUAGUCCCUCUAUCAGAUCAACUUCGACGACGGCUGUUCCACCCUUUACGGAAACUCUUCUUCCUCCAACUGAGCGCACUGCCAGGCCAUCGUUGAGUCCUGGAGUAAUCGCAGGCGUCGCUGUAGGCGCAACCUUUGCUCUCACAGCUCUGAUCCUGCUAUUCCUCUGCAUACGUCGACAAAGGUCCAAACGCAGGCGACAUCUUCAGUUGAACGAAGACGACCGUUACAUGACAUCUGCCAUAGCUGCUACCGCUAUGAUGAAUCGGCCGACAUCUAACGCUCUAGCCUACGAUCGACCUUGUCAUAUGCCGCGAACCGAAGGCAGCAGUGGCAAAAGUUCCGAAGAAGAGCAGGUGCGAAUUGUCAUUCAGCCCGUCCCCAAGAAAAGAAGCAUGAGUAGCGUGCUCUCGGCCAUACCAAAGGUUUGGCCUCGACCACCGGGAUAUACCGGCAAGGCAUACAGCUUUUCUGCAGGCGGGAGCGGCGAAACGACUCCAAGGGAGCCGGUAGGAUGGAGCGUUGAGAGCGAGUAUGGAAGCUCGGGCAAUCUGGAUGCAUCGCGAAGUGGAGGAUAUGAGGAAGCCAUUGCCUCGAAAGGGCCGGCAGCAACCCACUCCAGAGCAAAUGACAGAUGCGAGACGGCUUCAGUGCUAGGACAACAUACUGAGCAGGCCAAAAGAACUUUCGACUCAAUCGCUGAGCAGUAUGACUUUAUCGUGAUUGGGGGCGGAGCAAGCGGCCUGGUCGUGGCCAACAGACUGAGCGAAGAUCCCGAAAAAACGGUAUUAGUCGUCGAAUACGGAGACUUUGCCAACACAAUCAACGUCACCGUGCCCUACUUUGCAACAUACGACCAGUCGGCGCGCCUCUACAACGUGACGUCGGUCCCUCAAACCCAUCUUGGUAAUCGUACAUCCCGCCUUCGUAUCGGUGCUGUGGUUGGCGGAGGCUCCACCGUCAACGGAAUGGCUUGGGACCGUGGCUCUGAAGCCGACUAUGAUGCGUGGGAGGCCCUUGGGAACCCCGGUUGGGGCUGGGCGACCCUUUUCAAAUAUUUCCAAAAGUCGUCUACGUUCGCGCCGCCUGUGGGUGAGUAUGUUGAGGAGUACGGGUACGAAUGGAGCGAGAAUGCGUAUGGCGAUGGUCCCAUUCAGGUCGGGUUUCCUUCGUGGCAGUGGCCAGAGUCUGCUCUCAUGGCACAAGCAUGGGCUCAGGACAUCAAAGUGCACACGUUGAAAGACGGUGCCGACGGUGACAACGUCGGCAUUGCAUGGCUCCCGCAGAACUCUGGCGGUCCGAACGCGACUCGAUCAACCGCUGAGACUGCCUACUUCAAUCCAGUCAGCGCCCGCGAGAAUCUACAUCUGCUUAUACGUCACUACGGUGCAGCGAUAAAGUUUGAGGGGAACACAACGACCGGCGUAGUGAUUGGCAGCCGUGAUGGCUCCGAGACCAAGUUCGUGGAGUCUCGGAACGUGGUGCUCGCCGCGGGCGCAGUCCACACCCCUCAACUACUCCAAUUGAGUGGCAUUGGGCCUCAGAAGCUGUUGAAGUCAUUGGAUAUUGAGGUUGUGGUUGAUUUACCAGGUGUUGGUGCGAACUUCCAGGACCAUCCUUCCAUCUUCAUGGUCUACGAUUUUGCAAACGACACAUCUAUCAACCCCACCCUCAUGAACAACGAAACCUUCUACAACGAGUCCUGGGCAGAGUACGAAGCCAACAGAACCGGGCCACACACACACGCCUGGGGAAACCGCGUCGUCUUCACAUCCCUCCAAGACCUCGAUCCAGACAACUACCAAGCCAUCGCAGACGCCGUCACAACCCAAGACCCGCUGCAAUAUCUUCCUGAAGUCUACGCCGAGAACCCGGCACUCCUCGAGGGCUUCAACCGCCAGCGUGAGAUCCUGAGCCAGAGAUUCCGCAAUCCAAAGGCAGGCGUCAUGGAAUUUACCUGGGGCGGCGCGGAAACCGUUCCCGUAGCCCUCCAGAAACCCCUCUCGCGCGGCACAAUCACCAUCAACAGCACGGACCCGGACCCCGGAUCCUCCACCCCAGGCGCUGGCGGCGCACAAGUCGACUUCAACACCCUCUCGAACCCAAUCGACACCCUCCUCCUCCUCCGCGCCGUCGCCAAAGCCCGCGCCUUCAUGGCGAGUCCCAGCGUCGAGACGCUCGCCGCGGUGGAGAUCCUCCCGGGCCCGGGCGUCACCAGCGACGCUGAGAUUGAGACCCUCAUGCGGGAGUCGUGGCUGUCUUCGAGCCUCGAUCACCCGGUCGGCACGGCGGCGAUGAUGCCGCGGGAUCUGGGGGGCGUUGUGGAUAGUGGGUUGAGGGUGUAUGGCGUCGAGGGGUUGUGGGUUGUGGAUGCGAGUGUUAUGCCGAUGUUGCCUGCGGCGCAUACGCAGGCCACCGUGUAUGCUGUUGCGGAGUACGCGGCUGAUCUUAUCAAGGGUGCUGGGAAGUGA